UCGAAGCUUUUGUCUGAAAAGUUUAGAUUUACAGAGAGAGAGAGAAAGAUGCGUGCGUGAAAAAGGCGCAACUAUAAGAGAAUCCGACACGAAACUCUUUUUUUUUCUUCCUCAACCUUUUCUUUCACUUCAAUUACUUUGAUCACUUCAAUUCACACAGUUCCUGUGUUUUCUAUCUAAUUCGUGGUUUCUCAGAAAUCGAAUAUCUUAGUUUCUUGUCGUCACUGUUGCCGAACAUAAAAGAAAAAUGGAAGGAAAAGAUUUGGAGUUUGCGGUUAACGGAGAGAGAUUCAAAGUCAACUCUGUUGACCCUUGUACGACCUUACUCGACUUCUUGCGACUCAACACUCCUUUCAAGAGUGUCAAGCUCGCUUGUGGCGAAGGAGGAUGUGGUGCUUGUUUAGUAAUCCUAUCAAAAUACGAUCCAGACUCAGACCAAGUGAAGGAACACAGCAUAAACUCAUGCCUCACGCUUCUCUGCAGCGUAAACGGAUGCUCCAUCACAACAUCAGAAGGUCUCGGAAACGCCAAAAACGGUUUCCACCCCAUCCACACCCGUCUCGCCGGGUUCCACGCCUCUCAGUGCGGUUUCUGCACGCCAGGGAUGUGCAUUUCCCUCUACUCUGCUCUCUCUAAUGCUCCUGGACCAGGAGGAGGCCUCACGGUCUCCGAAGCUGAGAAGUCAGUCGCUGGAAACCUCUGUAGAUGCACUGGCUACCGUCCCAUCGUGGAUGCGUGCAAGAGUUUCGCUGCUGAUGUGGACAUCGAGGACUUGGGGUUGAACUCGUUUUGGAGGAAGGGAGAUAGCAAAGAGGCUAUGAUGAAGAGCUUGCCUCCUUAUAACCAUCUUCUGACAACGUUCCCUGAGUUCUUGAAGAAGAAGAGUGUCGUUACUAAUGUUUUGGAUCACUCGAGGUAUCGUUGGACUACUCCUUUUAGCGUAACCGAGCUUGGUAACGUAUUGGAUGAAUCUGCUAACUCUGGAGGAGGCUCGUUGAAGUUAGUUGUUGGCAACACAGGGGCUGGUUACUACAAGGAUGAUGAGGAAAUGUUUGAUAGAUACGUUGAUAUCAGCCGCGUUUCGGAGAUGUUGGUGAUCAAGAGAGAUGAGAACGGUGUCGAGAUUGGAGCAGCAGUCACCAUAUCGAACGUGAUCGAUGCUCUGAAGGAGGAAGGCUCCUCUAAUUUCAAGAAAAUGGCGGCUCAUAUGGAGAAAAUCGGCAACCGUUCUAUCAGGAACUCGGCGAGUAUCGGAGGUAAUCUAGUCAUGGCGCAGAGCAGGAAGUUUCCUUCUGAUAUCACCACGCUUCUCCUCGCUGCAGACGCGUCUGUGUGUAUUCUUAAUAACAGGAUAAUCAAGAAGGUUAAGCUACUAGAGUUUCUUGACUCGCCUCCUAUAUUAAACUCCAAACAAGUUCUUUUAAAAGUUGUGAUUCCAGCAUGGACUGCUGAUACUGGAUUGCUCUUUGAAACUUACCGAGCCGCGCCUCGCUCUAUUGGAAACGCAUUGCCUUAUGCGAAUGCUGCUUUCUCUGCGAGAGUGUCUAACCAAACGGUGGAUGAGUGCUUGUUGGCUUUUGGUUCUUACGGCGGUGAUCAUUCAAUCAGGGCGAGGGAAGUAGAGCGUUUCCUGACGGGUAAAUUGCUGAGUCACAGUGUUCUACAUGAAGCUAUGUGUUUACUUAGAGGAAUCAUAGUUCCAAGCAAAGAGACCUCACACCCUGAGUAUAGGAAGGCCUUGGCUGUUGGGUUUCUUUUUGAGUUUCUCUAUCCACUGAUUGAUAAUAAUAAUGGCCAUAGUAAUGGCCAUGUUGAUGAUCCCAUAGAAUCUCUUCCUCUUCCCUUCCUCUCAUCUUCACAACAAGUGUUGGAGAGCAAUGAGUUUAACCCUGUAGGUGAAGCGGUUAUCAAAGCUGUAGCUGCUUUACAGGCGUCAGGUGAAGCUGUUUUUGUUGACGAUAUUCCGAUUUUACCGGACUGUUUACAUGGAGCGUUUAUAUACAGCACUGAGCCUUUGGCUAAGAUUAAAAGCAUAAGCUUCGGUGAGAACGUGACUCCUGCUGGAGUUUUCGCACUUCUUACUUUCAAAGACAUACCAAUACAUGGACAGAACAUUGGUUCCAAGACUGUUUUUGGUCCCGGACCUUUAUUUGCAGAUGAACUAACUAGAUGUGCUGGUCAAAGAAUUGCUCUUGUGGUUGCAGACACACAGAAACAUGCAGACAAGGCAGCAAAACUUGCGGUUGUUGAGUAUGAUAUAAAGAACUUAGAGGAGCCGAUAUUAACGGUGGAAGAUGCGGUUAAGAGAUCAAGCUUCUUUGAUGUUCAUCCUAUGUUUUACCCUGAACCAGUAGGUGAUGUUGUAAAAGGAAUGAAAGAAGCUGAUAGAAAGAUACUCCUGGCUGAGUUCAGACUCGGUUCACAAUACUUCUUCUAUAUGGAGCCACAAACAGCACUUGCCUUGCCAGAUGAAGACAACUGUUCGAAAGUGUUCAGUUCAUCUCAAGCACCUGAGUACGUGCACUCGGUCAUCGCUACAUGUCUUGGCAUCCCAGAGCAUAAUGUCCGAGUCAUUACAAGAAGAGUUGGUGGUGGCUUUGGCGGCAAAGCUCUUAAAUCAAUGCCUGUUGCAACAGCAUGCGCACUUGCUGCUCACAAACUGAACCGUCCUGUCAAAAUGUAUCUAAACCGAAAGACGGAUAUGAUAAUGGCGGGAGGAAGGCAUCCGAUGAAAGUGACGUACAACGUGGGUUUCAGAUCAGACGGGAAGCUCACAGCACUGGAGCUGACAAUGCUGAUAGACGCAGGGACAGAGCCUGACGUGAGCCCGAUCUUGCCGCGGAACAUAAUGGGUCCGCUGAGGAAAUACGACUGGGGAGCCUUGUCGUUCGACGUAAAAGUGUGCAAGACGAAUCUCCCGAGUAGAACGGCGAUGAGAGCUCCAGGGGAAGUGCAAGGCUCUUACAUAGCGGAAUCUAUUAUAGAAAACGUAGCCUCUUCUCUUCGGAUGGAAGCUGAUGAAGUGAGGAAGAUUAACCUUCAUAGUUACGGCAGCCUGAGGAAGUUCUACAAGCACAUUUCCGGUGAGGAAGACGAGUACACGCUGCCUUUGUUAUGGGGCAAGCUGGAGAUAUCUUCAGAGUUGAAGAAAAGAGGUGAGAUGGUUAAGGAGUUUAAUAGGUGUAACGUGUGGAGGAAGAGAGGGAUCUCUCGAGUGCCUAUUGUCCAUCAGGUUAUGCAGAGGCCCACGCCUGGUAGAGUAAGCAUCUUGAGCGAUGGUUCCGUUGUGGUUGAGGUCGGUGGGAUCGAGAUUGGUCAGGGACUGUGGACCAAAGUGAGACAGAUGGUCGCGUAUGGUCUCGGUUUGAUGAAAUGCAACGGAAGCGAUGAGCUGAUAGAGAGGAUACGUGUUGUGCAGGCCGACACGCUCGGUUUGAUCCAGGGAGGUUUCACUGCCGGUAGCACCACAUCCGAGAGCAGUUGUGAAGCCGUUAGGCUUUGUUGUGUUAUUUUGGCGGAGAGGCUGAAACCUACAGUGGAUCAAAUGAUGAUGGAGAAGUCAGGUUCCGUGACAUGGAACUUGCUUAUUCAACAAGCUUAUGCUCAGUCUGUGAAUUUAUCGGCGAGUGCAUUGUAUACGCCAGAGUUUUCUUCCAUGGAAUACCUCAACUAUGGAGUUGGAGUCAGCGAGGUGGAGGUGGACGUUAUGACUGGAAAAACAGAGAUUUUAAGAUCAGAUAUCAUUUACGACUGCGGAAAAAGUCUUAAUCCUGCUGUUGAUUUAGGACAGGUGGAAGGAGCUUUUGUACAAGGAAUCGGAUUUUUCAUGAUGGAAGAGUACACUACAGAUGAGAAGGGUCUUGUGGUGCAACAAGGCACUUGGGACUACAAGAUUCCCACGGUUGAUACCAUCCCUAAGCAGUUUCACGUCGAGAUUCUCAACACUGGACAUCACAAAAACCGCGUUCUCUCCUCUAAAGCAUCGGGUGAGCCGCCUUUGCUACUAGCGGCCUCGGUUCAUUGUGCAACGAGAUCAGCCAUUAGGGAAGCUCGGAAACAGUCCCUUCCAUGGAACUGUAGUGAUGGAAAUGGAGAUGUUUCUGGUGGGGAUUUUGAGUUACCGGUUCCAGCUACUAUGCCCGUGGUUAAGGGUCUUUGCGGAUUGUAUAGCGUAGAAAAGUACUUGGAAGAGAAGAUCUGUGGGAAAUAAAAAGGCAAAAUUCUUGUUGCUGCUGUUUUAGAGCGUUACUAUUGUUGCGUCUUUAUACAGGAUUAAUGUUGCGAUGCGAGCUAAUGUUUUCAAAGCAUGUUACUUCUCUACUCUAUUGACAAAGAAUCAAGGGAAAACAUGUUGCCAUCAA